CCUAAACAAAGAUGGCGGCCUGUGUUAUACGCAGGGGGCUCCUGUCUGCCGUUAGUAAGUAUAGUAAAAGCCACACGCUGCGGGCGCUCAGUGUGGACCUGAACAGCAGACACGAAGUAAGCAGGCGCUGUUUACAGUGCUCCUCGUGUGGCCUUCUGAAUGUACAGCAGAAACGGUUCAUGUCUUCACGGCCAGAAGGAAAGGUGCUGGAGACGGUGGGAGUAUUUGAAGCCCCCAAGCAACAUGGCAAAUAUGAGACAGGACAGUUGUUCCUGCAUAGCGUGUUUGGCUACAGAGGCAUCGUGCUGUUCCCCUGGCAUGCCCGCCUCUACGACCGUGACGUCACUCCUCCAACAACCGACAGUAAGCCUGAGCCUCCAGGAGCACAUGGGUCAAAGGAGGUGAAGGGCAAAACACACACAUAUUACCAAGUCCUCAUCGACACCAGAGACUGCCCUCACAUAUCUCAGAGAUCACAAACAGAGGCUGUCACAUUUCUGGCCAAUCACGACGACAGCAGGGCCCUGUAUGCCAUUCCAGGGCUAGAUUAUGUGAGUCAUGAGGAUAUUCUGCCAUAUAAUUCUACGGAUCAGGUGCCCAUUCAGCAUGAGCUGUUUGAGAGAUUCCUCAUGUUUAACCCUUCUAAAGUGCCCCCUUUUGUACCAAGAGAUACAUUGCGCGCAUGGCAGGAGAAAAACCAUCCCUGGCUAGAGUUGUCUGAUGUCCACCGUGAGACUACAGAGAAUAUUCGAGUGACUGUCAUCCCUUUUUACAUGGGCAUGAGGGAAGCACAGAAUUCCCAUGUUUACUGGUGGCGCUACUGCAUCCGUUUGGAGAACAUGGGGAACGAGGUUGUGCAGCUGAGAGAGAGACACUGGAGGAUCUUCAGCUUAUCAGGAACCUUGGAGACUGUCAGAGGCCGAGGGGUGGUAGGCAGGGAGCCAGUUUUGUCCAAAGAGCAGCCAGCGUUCCAGUACAGCAGUCACGUAUCCCUGCAGGCCCCCAGCGGACACAUGUGGGGCUCCUACAGGCUCGAGAGGCCCAGCGGCACAUUCUUCGACGUGCGCAUCCCUCCCUUCUCUCUCGAGAGCAAGAAGGACGAUACUCCCAACGGCUUCCUGCCUGGCCCCUUCACCUCACUGGCCUAAGAGCCCUGAGCCCAGAGCCCUGAGCCCCAGUCUGCCCCCUGCCAUGCCAUGCCAUCCCCAGCCUUGCCCCAGCAUGCAUCUACUCUCAAGCUACCUCAGAGUCAUUGAUCUUUCUCACUUUUCCUGCAACUAAGUUCUAGGGCUGCACAGUAUGGACAAGAACCCAGUCCUCAGGGCCCAUCAGACAGUUCCACAUUUUUGCUCUUAUCGUCUAUGUUGGGCUCUGGAAUAGAGCAAAAGUGUGGAACCGUCAGGUGGGCCCUAAGGACUUGGUCGAAACACUGCAAAAAAGCUUUUAGUGACUAGUUAGAGACUCAUUUGCAUUUAGCAAGCUUUGGCAAUAUCAACAUUGCGAAAGCUCAUAUCAUGAUAAAAUAUUGUGAUAAAAUUUAGUGGUAAAUGUGAUGUAUUGUGCAGCCCUGUCAAGUACUUUUGUGUCUCUAUUGUCACUGCUGUCCCAAAACCCCCACUCUCUCUACUAUCACCUUUACCUUGCUUAGCACUUAUUUUUCUCUGUUUAUCCUACAUUUCAUUCUGUUUGUUUUAACCUACAAGCCCUAAAGCAACCUUGAGGCACCACCCAGAUCAGUUUUAUUUCUUUCUACCAGUGAUGCAACGAAAUUCUUGACUAAAAUUGAAAUUCGGGACGCACUCGGCCAAAAAAACGAAAACUGAAAGAAAUAAUUAUUUUGUGUAUAAUUGUUAAAUAGAAUAUUUAUGUUUUUGAAUUAACAUAAUGCUUCAAAUGCAAGAAUGGCGCUGUCGAUAAAGAGAACUGGAAGAAUGAGAGUAGUUAAGUUUUCAACAGCUUGCUAAGUAAUAUUAGAUAUAAAAAAUUGUAAAAUGAUGAAUGUAAUACUUGACUGAGUACCAGAGCACUUCCGCUAUGAUGACAGAAACACCUCGUUUUUAAUAUGUAAAGAAUUCCUGCCUGGCAUUCUAACGUUUCUCCAGCAGGAGGUGCUAUAAAUACACACAAUUCACAUGUGUGUGUAGUAGUUUAUAGAAGAAACAGCCAUAAACCUCAGCAGAAUCUGACAAACACUUGUGCUUGCAGUAACAACUGUAAAAACAAGGUAAGAAGUAAAUUACCAAAAUCAUCAUUAAUUUUUUUUUAUCAAAUUAGCUAAUGCUAAAAAGCAUGUAAGCUGAAGUCUAUAUUUUGAAUGUGUUAAGUGUUUGAUUUUGACACUUUAUUGUAGACCUAUUUAAUUUUUUUGGUUUUUCUUUCUUUUGACCGUUUUUGGCCGAGAAUUGUCAGUGACUGAAAUGUCUGUGCGUCCCUAAGUUCUACACCUUUCUUUCCUCCAAAUCCAGGCAGCUAAUACAUUUCAUUCUGAGCCCUCAUUUCAUAAUAUUAUCCAAAGCAAACUAGCCAAGCACUUACAUGUCCUGUUAUUCUCUCUGUUGUGUAUAAAUACUUUUCUGACCCGCUGACUCACCAAAUAAUGCUGUCUUUUAUUACCCCCAACCUACCUCACUUGUCAAACCUUAAACUACCCAGAUAGACCAGGGGUUACAGACUUGGGUGAAGUUUAGUUCUGAACAAGUCAUAUAUUUUCAAUACAAAAGCUACAUUAGCUGCAUAAGCUGUAUACAUCAGACCUCUUAAAGCAGUGAGUGCUGCUCUAUGGUCAGUUUUCUCAGCCUAAUUUUUAAUGUAAUUAUUUAUGAAGAUCUUAUAGAUGUUAGAAAUGCACCAUUACUCUAAUGCCGUUUAUCUACCGGGAAGUAUAGUCAGGCACAGUACGGGCACGCAUUUGAACUCAGAACUGUCUGUACCCUUCUGUUUCCCAUUGCAUAACAAACCUGAAAACUGUCUUUUUAGCUUAUGUGGUCACACGAUUUCUCACGAAAUCAAAUGUUAGCAGUAAAUGUAGACAAGUUCUGAUUUAGCAUUUGAGCAGCAUUUUUUUUUUGGGAGUCACAGACAGCUAUUCUGGCAAGCUAGGUUUUUGUUGUUGUUGUUGUGGUUGUUGUUGUUUUCCACCUAAUGGGGUCAUCUGACUGAAGUGACACCUUGUGACGAUUAACUGACAAUUGCAUUUGACUAAUCAGUGGUUUGCACCAUUACUAACUCCACCUGUACAGUCCUGCUUGGCACUUUUGGUACCCUUGCUAGAAGGGUAACCCAUAUCAGCACAGGUGCUCAGACACGAUACGGCUCACUUGGCAGUAGACAUGGCAGUAAAAUGCGUGAUUGUGGAUUUGUAACCAUGUCAUACCCCACUGCCCGGCGGCAAAACAUUAUAAGAAAUCAUAAGCUUGAAGUACAUGGAGGUGCAGCUUCACUAACGUCCAUUGAUUGUUAACCAUGUUAGCAUUUUUGGGGUAAUGCAUUUAUAAUAGUCCUAAAUGUGAAUAACAAUGUCUGCCUACUCUUACCUGUUUGUCACUGGACUCUGAACACUUACCCGCACUUUGAGUCUAGAUCAGGGCACCAUAACCUGGACCUGGAGAUCUACCACCUGCAGGGUUCAGUUCCAGUGAUAAUCUAACACACCUGAUCACACCUGGUAACGAAGGCCUUCAGAGACAUCUGAGUAUUAAAGCCAGGUGUGCUGGACCUCAGCUCUUCAGGGUGGUAUUUCUCCAGGACCACGAUUAGGCACCCCUCUUCUAGAUGACCUACCCCAAAUUGACACAGUAUAAAUGAGCUCUUUAGCUAGAGCACACGAGGAAUGUAGAACGCCAAGUAAAACAAUGUCCAGGAACAAUUCAGAUACAUAAAACUCAAAGAAGAACCUGGAGGAACCUCUUCGGAUUAAGAGCUCGAGUCCAGUUUCCGGUCCUGAGUUUUGUAAUCAGUAGUAGGCGUGUCGCUGGGUCACCAGUGGUUCAUCAACAGUUCAGUUCAUCCCUGUGAUUAUAAAAUUCAGUGCCAAAAACUGGGUUUAGGAUCCACAAUUGUAGACUGCUGUGCUAGAUGAAGGUUCUAGCACUUGUGCCCUGUGAGGUUUUGCUAGUGAAACAGAAAUUGGAGAAUUAUGGAAUGCAGGAUUGUGCUUCUCUCCAGUUUUGACUGGAUGACCUGUUUAAUGCGAGUUAAUGUUUGUAAGCACUUGCCUUGAGGUCUCAUACAUUAACGGGGGGUAGUUUUUGACAACUGUAACCCCCCUGUUUAAUGGCAUGGGAGAAUGCAAGUCCUUGUUGGCAAGAAUAUAGUGUGUUUGUGUAUAUGUGCAUGGUUGGAAGUGCUAAUUUAGGAUUUACUUCCAAAUAUCGGUGUAUGUUUUAGCACCCUCAGAAGUGUAUCAGGUUUCAUGUGUAAGUCUGUUAGAGCUUCUCUGUGAAAGUAAGAAGAUUUAAGCACUAAUUACUUGAGUGACUGAAGCCAGGAUGGGCAAAAUGUGUGCCACGAUAGUUCAAGGCUAUCACAAUAUGUGUUCUGAACAGCAUAACACUGUGAAACACUGUAUGCAGACACUAAAUUAUUGCUGUGAGUAGAUUUGUUGUGAACGCUGAUUAUGGCUUGCAAAAUGAAGUAUUUCGCUCAUCUGUUAUUGUGCAGCAGGGCUGAGUAAUACAGUCUUGGCAGUGAACAGUUCUCAGGGCUCAGAAUUUAACACAAUGUUCUCAAUACAAGAUAAAAUGAAUUAUUUAUUGUGGUAAUAAUAAUUUCUGUACCACAAUGUUGUGCUGUUUGCCCCAGCACUACACAUUUUUUAAUAAAUCACUGGGAAUUUAAACGCUGUUGUGAACAUUAAAUGUAAUGUAAAGUAGGAAUGUGACGAUACAGAACUUCUGAUAACUGACAGUUGUGGCUGAUUACGAUAUCAGUAAAUUUA